CACUGAGCAGUAUCAUGAUAAUAAAGCAUCUUAUCCAAACAACACAAACACUUCCUGAAUUGCUGUAAAAAAAAACCUUUGGCAGUGUGGUACAAAGGCUGGAAGCACACACUGAUGUUCAGCAGCACUGAGUGAAAGGAUCGUUGGUCAGUUGGGGUUGUCUCGCUCAGGGAAGAAGAUGUGGGUUCCUCUGUGGCUUCUCUGCACAUUGGCUCUGUUUGGGUCUUCCACUCAAGAUGUAACCAGCGAUGCCAGGGUAUUCUUACAAGAGUUUCAAAACGUUGGAGAACAGCUUUAUCAUCAGUAUGCGCUGGCACAAUGGGAGUACAACACUAACAUCAGUAAUGAAAAUGCUCAAGCAAUGAAUGUAGAGGGAGCAAAGUGGUCUGCAUUUUACAAGAAUGCCAGCGACUUCUCUGAAAGAUACCCAGUAGACCAAAUAACAGAUGAAAUGUUGAAAUUAGAGCUUAUCUAUCUCGGACAAAAGGGAUCAUCUGCUCUACCAAGUGAUGAGUACACAAGACUAAAUCAAAUCCUAAAUGAUAUGAGCAUGAUCUACAGCACAGAAACUGUAUGCAGCCCAAAUGGAACAAUAUGCCUGCCCUUUGAACCAGGACUGGACAGUAUCAUGUUGGAGAGCACUGAUUAUAAUGAGAGGCUCUGGGCAUGGGAAGGAUGGAGAGUGAAUGCUGGCAAGAAAAUGAGGAAACUCUAUGAAGAAUAUGUUGACUUGGAGAAUAAGGCUGCUGUUCUCAAUGGAUAUCAGGAUUAUGGAGAUUACUGGAGAGGAAACUAUGAAACUCUGGCUACAGACAAAUAUAAAUACAGCCGAGAUGAUCUAAUAUUAGAUGUGGAGACAACUUUUCAACAGAUCCUGCCACUGUACAAGGAGCUCCAUGCUUAUGUAAGAGGCCAUCUGCAAAAGCAUUAUGGAGCUCAGUACAUAAGUUCUACAGGAGGUCUACCUGCACAUUUACUAGGUGACAUGUGGGGCAGAUUUUGGACGAAUCUCUACCCUCUAACAGUCCCGUAUCCAGACAAAGAAAGCAUUGAUGUGACUCCUACGAUGGUCAGCCAGGGAUGGACAGUGGACAAAAUGUUUAAGGAGGCUGAGAAUUUUUUCAAAUCUGUUAACCUCUUUGCUCUAAAUGCCAAUUUCUGGAAUAAAUCUAUGCUGGUGGAGCCUACUGAUGGAAGAAAAGCUGUAUGCCACCCAACAGCCUGGGAUCUGGGACUGGAUGAUUUUAGGAUAAAAAUGUGUACCAAGAUAAAUAUGGAGGACUUCCUCACUGUACACCAUGAGCUUGGACAUAUCCAGUAUGACAUGGCCUAUCACCAUCAUCCUAUGUUGCUGAGAGAUGGUGCCAAUGAAGGAUUUCAUGAAGCAGUGGGCGAGAUCAUGUCUCUAUCGGCAGCUACACCUAAACACCUGAAAUCACUUAAUCUAUUGCCACCAUCAUUUGUGGAAGAUGCUGAAACCGAAAUAAACUUCUUGCUCAGACAAGCUCUCACCAUUGUGGGCACAUUACCUUUUACCUACAUGCUGGAGCAGUGGAGAUGGCAAGUCUUCAGAGGAGAAAUCCCAAAGAGCCAGUGGAUGAAGAGAUGGUGGGAAAUGAAGUGGGACCUUGUUGGUGUAGUGGAGCCAGUUCACCAUGACGAGACAUACUGCGAUCCCGCUGCUCUGUUCCACGUGGCUAAUGAUUAUUCAUUUAUUAGGUAUUAUACCAGAACUAUUUAUCAGUUCCAGUUCCAGGAUGCUCUUUGUAAGGCCGCUGGUCACAAUGGUCCUCUUCAUUCCUGUGACAUCACUAACUCCACAGCAGCAGGGAAUAAAUUAAAGUCUAUGUUAGAGCUGGGAAAUUCAAAGCCCUGGACCGAAGCCCUGGAGAGCAUAACAGGGGAGCUGAAGAUGAAUGCUGCGCCUCUACUAAGUUACUUCCAACCUUUAUAUGAAUGGCUACAAAACAAUAACAGAGCUGAAGGGAGGAUAGUUGGCUGGACUAAAAGCUUGGACCCAUAUGUGGCAGAUUCAAUCAAAGUCAGGAUUAGUCUGAAAGCUGGACUAGGAGGAAAUGCGUAUACAUGGGACAGCAGUGAAAUUAAUUUGUUCAAAUCAACAAUUGCAUAUGCCAUGUCCAAAUAUUUUGGGUCGAAAAAGAAGAACACAGAGAUCGUAUUUUCGAAUAAUGAUGUACACAUUUCCAACCAAACUGAAAGAAUCUCAUUCUACUUCUAUGUAACAAUGCCGGGUACAGUUGGAGAUGUAGUGCCAAAAUCAGAAGUUGAAGCUGCUGUUCGUUUGUCCAGAGGUCGAAUCAACAGUGCAUUCUAUCUAGAUGACCAUUCCCUGGAGUUCUUGGGGAUCCCCCCCACACUGUCACCAGCCACUGAACAGCCCUUUGAAAUCUGGCUAGUGGUGUUUGGUGUUGUGGCCGGACUGUUAGUUGUAGCUCUGGUUGUCCUACUUUUCCUUGGCUAUAAGGAUAGAAAAAAGUAA